AUGACCGUCGCAACGAACGGCGUCCACAAGUCUAAGCCUUCGGCUCUGCCUUUGGUGCAGAAGCUGUCCAAGGACCAUGAUCUGGUUCUCAAGACCUUCCGUCUGCUCAUUGCGGACUUGUGCCAGCAAUUUAGCGGUGGUCACCCUGGUGGUGCCAUUGGCAUGGCCGCAAUUGGUGUGUCUCUGUGGAAGUAUGUGAUGCGCUACGCUCCACACACCCCAGACUUCUUCAACCGCGAUCGCUUCGUUCUUUCGAACGGACACACCUGCCUGUUCCAAUACAGCUUCCUGCACCUCACCGGCUACAAGGCCAUGACUUUCGACCAGCUCAAGUCUUACCAUUCCGACCGGGUGGAUGCGCUGUGUCCUGGCCACCCCGAGAUCGAGCACGAAGGAAUCGAAGUCACAACGGGACCUCUAGGCCAAGGUAUUGCCAAUGCAGUCGGUCUUGCCAUGGCCACCAAGAACCUGGCGGCCACUUACAACCGCCCCGGCUACGACGUGGUCGACAACCAUACCUGGUGCAUGAUCGGCGAUGCUUGUCUGCAGGAGGGUGUCGGUCUCGAGGCCAUUUCCUUGGCUGGCCACCUGCGUUUAAACAACCUCACUGUCAUUUAUGAUAACAACCAGAUCACCUGCGAUGGAUCUGUGGACCUGACCAACACCGAGGACGUCAAUGCGAAAAUGCGCGCGUCCGGCUGGGACGUGAUCGAUGUCGAGGAUGGCUGUUUCGAUAUCGAGGGUAUUGUGCGUGCUCUGGAGCGGGGUCGCGCCGCUCAGGACAAGCCCACUUUCAUCAAUGUUCGCACUGUCAUCGGUCUGGACAGCCAUGUGGCGGGCACUGCUGUUGCCCACGGUGCUGCUUUUGGCACCAAGAGUGUGGCGGAUAUGAAGACUCUCUAUGGCUUCAACCCCGAGGAGCACUUUGUAAUUGGCGAGACUGUUCGUCAAUUUUUCCAGAACCUGCCUGCUCGUGGUGAGCAGUGGGUGCAAGAAUGGAACCAGCUAGUAGCUGAUUACACUGCUCAAUAUCCUGAGCUUGGUGCUGAAUUCCAGGCCCGUGUUAAGGGUGAACUUCCCGCAAACUGGGAACAGUACAUCCCCAAGAGCUUCCCAGAGAAGCCUACCGCGACGCGUGCUUCUUCUGGCCUUGUUUUCAACCCUAUCGCUAAGGAGUGCAAGAACUUUAUGGUCGGAACUGCUGAUCUAUCCCCAUCCGUCAACAUGAUCUGGCCUGGCAAGGUCGACUUCCAGCAUCCCGACUUGAUGACCACGUGCGGCAUAAACGGAAACUACUCCGGCCGCUACAUUCAUUACGGUGUUCGUGAACAUGCCAUGUGUGCAAUCUCGAACGGCAUGGCCGCAUACGCUCGCAACACCAUCAUUCCUAUCACAUCCUCAUUCUUCAUGUUCUAUCUAUAUGCCGCUCCAGCAGUGCGCAUGGGUGCUCUGCAGCAUCUUCAAGUCAUCCAUGCCGCUACUCACGAUUCCAUCGGUAUGGGAGAAGACGGCCCGACUCACCAGCCGAUUGAACUGGCCGCGUUGUAUCGCGCAAUGCCGAACCUGUUGUACAUCCGUCCUGGUGACAGCGAGGAGACUGCUGGCGCCUGGAUUGCGGCCAUUGGUGCUAAGAAGACCUCCUCGAUCAUCUCUACUUCCCGUCAGACUCUGCCUCAGCUCUCCCAGACCCGCCGUGAUGGUGUCGCUCACGGUGCCUACGUCCUGUCGGAGGACGAGUCUGCGACAGUUACUCUGCUCGGAGUUGGUGCCGAACUGUCCUUCGCCUUGGAGGUUGCCGACAAGUUGAAGGCUGAGAGGGGUAUUACCGCCCGUGUGGUCAGCUUCCCCUGCCAGCGUCUCUUCGAGCAGCAGUCUCUCGAGUACAAGCGAGACACCCUCCGUCGUCACCGCGGCAUUCCUGCCGUGGUCAUUGAGCCAUAUGCCCCCAACGGCUGGGAGCGUUAUGCCGAUGCUGGUAUCUGCAUCAAGCGCUUUGGCCACAGUCUCCCCGGCAAGGCCGCUUACAAGUUCUUCGGGUAUGAUAUUGAUACGUUGACGAGCAAGGUGGCAGGCUACCUUGACCAACUGAAGGGUGAUGAGUUGCUGCGCAAUGAGUUUGUUGAGCUGUAA